GUGAACGGGAAAAUGACCUGGCAUCCCUGCUUUAUUCUGUUGAGAGGAUCUACAUCUAACGCUUUAACAAAAGGUGGGGUUGAAGUUUUCUGACAACUUUAAUCGCAAUUCAUAGGUAGACACCGUUUGUUAGUUUUUGUGAAUUUACGAGAAAAAGUUGAAACAUGAGUUCCACCGAAUUUAACAUUGGAAUCACCGACGAAAAAACAUCGAGCAGAGUUCUGAAGCCUCCAGGCGGUGGGCAUUCUGAUAUUUUCGGUUCUCCAGAAGUUAAAGCAAACCCUCCACGGCCGAAAUACAAUCAACAGAAUUCUUCCAAUAUGAAUUGCGUUAUGGGCACGGUUGACCCAAAUAUCAAAGUAGAGCAGAUACAGCAUUACCAGGUCGAAGCAGAAGCCUCCGUAAAUUCUGUACAAUUGAAGGCGAAUCAUUCGGAUCAAUCAAAAGAACAAGAUGCUUCGCAAUCCGCAGGAGGACGCGGACGUGUUCCUCCCGGUGGUUUUUCUUCAGGUUUAUGGUAAAAACUAGCUUAAAGCUCUAAAAUAUAUAAGCAAAGCACACUGCAUCACACCCUUUUAGGGCCCGCUGGAACGUCAUGCAUUUUGAAAUAUCUACCUGUUUAAUUUUAUCGUUCGCUAUUAUUCUUAUAUUUUACCUUUUCAAAACUUUUUAUUCACAAACUUCACUGUUAACCAAAGAACAUUACCUUAUUGUAUACGGUUCAUGCCAAAUCAUAUACCUAUGUAACAGCUAUGAUUUGGGAAACAGUACUUAAUAGCUCUUAUAACCGACAUUAUACAAGUGAUCUCGAUCGAAGCAUUUAAACUCCCCAUUACAUGUUUGUUCUCUUAGACGCUUUAGCAAGCAUAAUGUUGCAGCUCGAAAUAAUGUGGUGACUUAAAACCACGUCGAAUGAAUACUAUGUCAAAAAAAUUUCUUUUCGUGAAGUUGCAUGAUAAAUGCGUCCAAUUUCGGCGACACUUAAAAUUGAUGUGUUUAUUGUAAGCUGCCUGACAAAAGAACCAAUAUGAAUAAACAAAGCUUCAGUUCAAACUGAUAGCUUUUACCAGUUUC